GGAGGAUCUGCACGGCGCUUGGAAAUACAGGACAUUAAUCUAAGUAGUCUAAUCUCACCAUGAGCAGUCCGCCGAGCCCUUCUACAACUCGCUGGAUCAAGGCUCUGCGAAGGACCAGGCUGGGGGAGCCUUGUUUAAAGACAUAUCCUCUGGAAUGUGUGGACCUGCUGAAAAGAGCCAAAGCUGCCUUCCAGACUGGAUGCACCACCAAGGAAAGCUUCAGACUGGCUCAGCUGGAGGCUCUAGUGCGAAUGCUGGGGGAACACGAGUGUGACUUCGUGGAUGCUCUUGGACGGGACCUCCAUAAGCCUCGGUUUGAGACGGUUGUGUCGGAGCUCCUCCUGGUAAAGAACGAGGCGCUUCAUGCUAUCAACAGCCUCAAAAAGUGGAUGCAGCCACAACGCGUGGAAAGGAAUCUGUCCACCACGCUGGAUGACUGCCUGGUGGUGAGCGAGCCGCUGGGCGUGGUGUUAAUCAUGGGGACCUGGUGCAGUCCUGUCCUGUUCUGUCUGGGGCCGCUGGUAGGGGCCAUCGCAGCAGGAAACUGUGCAGUCAUCAGCCCCUCUGAGCACACGUCCCACACAGCAGAGCUCCUACAUCGCCUCGUCCCCUCGUACCUGGACAGUGAAUGCUUCCAUGUGAUUCUUGCAGGCACAAAUGACUUGGCUGACAUAGUGGAACUCAAGUUUGAUCAUGUCUUCUUUGUAGGAAACAGGGAAGAGGGAAGCAGAGUGGCUCAGGCAGCAGCUCGCACAUUCACACCUGUCACCCUGAUUUUGGGCGGCAAAAACCCAUGUUAUGUGGACCAGCAAUGUGACAUCACUGCCACGGCACAGCGAAUCGCCUGGGCGCGUUUCCACAAUGCUGGACAAAGUGUGGUGGCUCCUGACUACGUCUUGUGCCAUGUGGAUGUCAAAACACGGCUGGUCCGGGCCUUGAAGUGCUGCCUGAUGCAGUUUUACGGUUCUGAUCCACGAGAGUCCCGCAGUUUUGGCCGCAUGGUCAAUCUGGAGAUCAUCAACCGAACUCGAGACAUGUUGUGGAGGUCUGGCAAGGUGGCUGUGGGCGGGCAGGUGAUUGAAGCAGAGAAAUAUAUUGCCCCAACAAUUCUGACAGAGGUGGUGGAAACAGACCCGAUCAUGCAGCAUGAUGUUUUUGGCCCGGUCCUUCCAGUUCUCACUGUAAACACUCUAGAUGAGGCAAUCACCUUCAUCAAUAAGCAAGAGAAACCUCUCUGUGUGUAUGCUUAUUCCAGCAACAGCAAGGUCAUCUCAAGGCUAAUGAGUGAGACCUCUAGUGGAAGCUUUUGCUCCAAUGACAGCGUCCUGCAGAGUGUGAUGGUGGGCCUGCCUUUUGGUGGAGUUGGUGCCAGUGGAAUGGGUUCCUACCAUGGGCGCUACAGCUUCGAUGCCUUCUCUCACAGGAAAUCGUGUCUGCUAAGAGGCACGCGGUUUGAGUGUGUCACCUACCUGCGUUACCCACCGUACGAAGACCGCAACCUGUCUCUCAUGACCUGGGCCAGCACUCUGUCCCAGAAGAGCCAGGGCUGGUGCCAGAUCCUGUGACUGUGUGAGACGGAGGUGACAGAACCAAAAAGAAAGCAGAACGCCUCCUAAGUCCUAAACAACCCUCACCUCUAAAUGUGUUGUUAGUACAAUAAAAAUAAAUGGCAAUAAAAUCUGUUGAGAUUCAGCCGCAUCUAACUUAGUGAAAUCAUUUCCCACUGUAAUACUUUAUUUUCAAUGUGUGAGAUGGCCAUCAUGCUAUCAAGAAUAAGGGUCAUUCUCCAAUAUUUACAGCUUCCCUGGAGAAAUAUUUUCUGACUCUAAAUACAAGUCAGUUGUAUGUGAGCUGUAGUUGGUAAAGCAAUAACAAAAAUAAAUGCAUACAAAAAUAAA